UAAAAUCUAUAGAACUUGAAAACGCUAUCCGAACCAAAUGCUUAGCGGCGGUGUCCGAAUGAGCUGCCUUCGCUUCCGGUGCACGGCCGAGACGCCUCUUUUGCGGGGCCCUUAUGGCCUCACCUUCCACCGAGGCGGCCGGAGAUUAUUCGCUACCUCCUGCUCCGCCUCCACCAAACCGGUGGCGGGAAAGAAGGAGAAGGUAAUUGUGAUAUCAGGACCCACCGGUGCCGGCAAAAGCAAGCUUGCGCUUGAGCUCGCGAAGCGACUCAAUGGAGAAAUCAUCAGCGCGGACUCAGUGCAGGUGUACAGAGGGCUUGAUAUUGGUUCUGCAAAGCCUUCACUCAGUGAAAGAAAGGAGGUGCCACACCAUCUGAUUGACAUUCUGCAUCCAUCUGAAGAUUAUUCAGUUGGAAAAUUCUUUGAGGAUGCAAGGCAAGCGACAAGAGAUGUCCUUGACAGGGGCCGCGUUCCAAUUGUUGCAGGUGGUACUGGAUUGUAUUUACGGUGGUUUGUUUAUGGGAAGCCAGACGUACCACAAGCCUCGCGAGAAAUAACAUCUGAAGUGUGUACAGAGAUUGCUGAUUUACAGAAAGAUGAAAACUGGGAGGCUGCUGUUGAGUUGGUAGUUAAAGCUGGUGAUCCAGGAGUUAAGUCUUUAGCUGCAAAUGAUUGGUAUCGUCUACGUCGCAGGCUUGAGAUCAUCAAGUCAAGUGGGUUAUCUCCAUCAGCUUUUGAAGUACCAUAUAAUUCUUUCAAGGAGCAGUUUGAUUCAGGUGUAACAGAUACUUCUGACAUUAGUUCUUCCACUGAUGGGCUUCAGCAGAGUAAAGAAAAGGAUUUGGACUAUGACUUCCUCUGUGUAUUUCUUACUACCCAGAGGCUAGAUCUCUAUAGAUCAAUUGAUUUCCGGUGUGAAGAUAUGCUCUUAGAAAAUUAUGGAGUUCUGUCUGAGGCUAGGGGGCUUCUUGAUUUGGGUCUUCUGCCAAACUCAAAUUCUGCAAGUCGAGCUAUUGGUUAUCGGCAAGCUAUGGAAUACCUCCUGUACUGCAGAGAACAAGGGGGUUCUAGUUCUCCAAGGGACUUUUUUGCCUUUCUGUCUGAAUUCCAGAAAGCAUCCAGAAAUUUUGCUAAAAGGCAGCUAACAUGGUUCCGUAAUGAACCACUUUAUCACUGGAUUGAUGCUUCUAGACCCAUGGGAAGUGUGCUUGACUUCAUCUAUGAUUCAUAUCAUAGUCAAUCUGGUCAUUUGAAGGUUCCUAAAUCUCUUUCUGUGAAGAAAGAAAUUUCAAGCCGACGUGAAGUUGCAGAAAUGAAAACCUAUCGCCCUAGAAACCAGCACUUCAUCGGGCGUGAGGAUUGCACCCCUGUUCUAAACUGGAUUCAGAGCAUUUAUGCGCGAGAAGCUGCAUCUAUUUCUUGAAUUGCAGCCAGCGGCCUCCUCUUGAUGUCAUUGAGUCCAAAACAUCAAUUGUUCACUCGCUCAUGAAGUGAUCUCAGACAACAAUGAAAAAAUGCCAUAAGAGAGUGAAUCUUAGGAGCCAGAUAGAAUGGACUGCCAGUAAAACUGCCCACCCCGCGAGUUUAGUUUGUUUAGUUCUGUACUGUAUAAUAUGGAUUACUGUAUAGGAGAUAGGAUAUGUUCCAUACUUCCAUUGCUUCUACUUCUUACAUUGUGCAGUGCAGCAUCCCCUCAUCCCAAAAAAGAUUGUGUUUACUUAAAUUCUUUUCCAUUUCUCCAGUUCUCAUUUUUU